AUGGUCGCUCAAAGUUCCACCAUGUGCGGCGGCGAUGGCGGCGGCUCUCAAGGAAACACUCGUCAGCCUGUUCGAACAACAAAGGAAUCGCACUUCCGCGGCGUUCGGAAGCGGCCAUGGGGGCGGUACGCGGCGGAGAUUCGCGAUCCAUGGAAGAAGUCGCGGCGUUGGCUCGGUACAUUUGAUACGGCGGAGGAAGCUGCACUAGCCUACGAUGAAGCCGCACGGAGUCUACGUGGACCCAGGGCGAAGACAAAUUUUGGGCUAGAUGGGCUUGCCGCAAUCGGCCCACCACCGGCCCUACCAAAGCUUCCAAACUGGUGCUUUAAUGCCCUUUAUGGCUCUUACCUUGAAGAUAGGAGCAGAUUUGGUACAGGUGAGACUACGGUAGCGAGUUCUGAGUACUCGGGUUAUAAUUUAGAAGGCGUUGGUGUUGUAAUGAACGAACAUGAGAAGAAGACGAAAAUAGAGAAGAAGAAACCGUUCUUGUUCGAUCUAAAUCUCCCUGCCCCACUCUUCUAA